GGCGUAACUGGGAUUCGUCAUGCAGUAAGCUGGAUGGGUCCCUAAGUCCUAAAUGCUCCGAUGUGCACUGCCCAUGUGUAGGACUACUAACCCCUCAAUAUUAGUGAAGUCGUUGAGAAGACUUAAAAACUCCCUACAAUUCCAAGAGUUAUGUCUAAGUCUCCCAUUAAACUAAACUUAGCCUAUAGUUUUCUUCGAUGUAUAAGGUACUUCGUACUGAUUCUCUUGUUAAUGAUCUAGGUUAGUUAGGUACCUAAGGGUAGUUGUUCAUAAUUGUCUUUGAGCUUCUUAGACUCCCCCCACAUGGCCUUCGCAUCGUAGAAUUGCUCGUCUCUUUCUUGAAGCCGGUGGUUUCAUCUGCACUUAUUUAAAGUAUAUAUUUACGGGCAGAACAUGAGCCUCUUCUUGUCAAUAUGUCUUCUAUCGAGCUUUCCGGUUUAUCCUCUACAAGAGAUGAACAACUAGUUAGGUUGGCAAAUCACGGUUCAAUUCCAGAAACUGAAGCAGCUCCUACCAUAUUACAAUCAGUCCACCAUGAGACUUCCAACCGAAAGUCGAUGAUAAUAGUUGCAUCCUCAUUCACAAUGGUAUUCACUUGCUGCGGGCUCAACUUCGCCUUCGGUGUAUUUCAAGAACUUUACGACGGGAUGGCACGGCAGCCCAAUACUCCUUUUACUGGCGCGACUCCUGCACUUAUUGACCUCAUUGGAACGAUAUCCAUUUCAGUGAUGACCAUAAUUGCGCCAUUCUCGGUAGCCUGGGCCAAGCGUUUCUCUCCCCGUUGGAUUUCGUUCAUCGGCGGUUUCAUAUUUGGACUCUCGCUCAUUUUGGCCAGUUUCGGAACCACGCUCUGGCAUUUUGAGCUCACGCAGGGUCUGCUUCUUGGUAUAGGCACUUCUAUGCCAUAUAUGGUUGCCGUGACGGUGGCGCCCGUUUGGUUCACGGCACGCCGGGGUCUUGCUAUGGGCAUCAUUUUGGCUGGGACUGGUGUCGGAGGCCUCGUAUGGGCACCGGUGAUUAAGGUGCUUAUUGAUUCUGUUGGUUUCCGGAAUUCGCUUCGUGUAUCCGGGGUCGUAUCAUUCGUCUUGGUCGCCCUAUCCAGCGCCGCCAUGAGCUGGGAGCCUCAGGCGCUCGCGCGCAUCAACGCUGAGAAUGCCUCGCGUACGGGUCGUCUUCAAGGUAUCCUAAACGUGCCGCUGGUCGACUGGCGCGUAGCCAAGACGCGGAAGUUUGCUGCUCAGGGGCUAGGUGCUAUCCUUCAAGCCGCCGCCUAUUAUACUCCUGUCUUUUUCUUCGCCUCGUAUGCCGGUACCCUUGGAUAUAGUGCUACCGCUGGAGCGAAUUUUAUCGCGCUUAGCAACGCAUGUAAUGCAAUCGGCAAGAUUGUCAUCGGCUACUUCGCUGACCGCCUAGGCCGUCUCAAUACUCUCUUCCUAACCACGUUCAUCAGCGCAGCUAUUACACUGAGUUUCUGGGUUCCUUCAGCCGUCUAUGGUUCUACGGACAACUCGCGCGGCCUCUUUAUCAGUUUCACUGUCUUAUAUGGUCUUUUUGCUGGCGCGUACGUAUCAUUGUUCCCUGCCAGUCUCAUCGAGAUCUUCGGCAUACAGAAUUUUGCCUCUGUCAAUGGUGUGCUUUAUAUGGUUCGUGGCCUAGCUACGUUAAUUGGUACGCCAGUUGGUGGUGCCCUGAUUCGGAGCAGUACCGAGAGUGCAGCUUUCGCACCGCAUGGUUAUGUUAACAUGGCGGUACUCGUCGGAGUGUUGCUCUUUGCUGCUAGUAUCGCGGUGUUUUGGAUCCGCGUUGAGGCAAUGGUAGGACCUAGUGGACAAUGGCAUCCAAAAUGGAGGAUGUAAGAAUUAUAACCUCUAGGGUUAGAUGAACAUUAG